GACAGUGGAAGCGCCAGCAGAUUCCCUGCCUUUGACGGAGAUUACUGUAUGCAUACGAGGUAAUACUGUUCUUCAGCUGUGUACAUUGAGAAUAUGAGGGUCUGUUUGUGUUUUGCCUAAGUAAGUCUAAUUUACAUAUACACAGAAUGUGUUUGAUUUAUUUCGAUAUGUUGUUUGAAGUUUAUUGUGGUGGUAAUAGUGAUUUUUGAGAUGGAAUGUUAUUUUUCUGCUCAUGUUUCACAGUGAAGAGGGUCACAAGUGGUGUCAUAUUAAUUCUGGAAAAGAUAAAAGAAUGGUAACGAGACCGAUCAAAUUGUAUGGUGGUCAAUUUAAGUGUAAAAAAAUUAGCUUUGCAACUUGCAAAGUUUUGAGAAAAUAACAGGUGAAAUGUUUGAACCAAAAUUUUAUGUGCAUAUAAAAUUAUUAGAGAAACAAUAAGUUAUAAUGGCAUCCAUUUCUUACAAUAGAAUGAGAUUAAAGAGGAAUACAACAACUCAAUACAGAGGGUCUGUGGCACUGACCAAAUGGCAUGGCUGAAGAAGCUACAAGGAACGAACCAAUGCUGUUGGUUUUCACUCACAAAGUGUCUCAAGUAAGACUGAAGUAUGGCAUUUACCCGGUCGGGUGGAAAGUCGUGGAGAAGUGCAACUCCUAACCCAAGAGUGGAAAGAGCUCCGUCCAAAACUGACCCACGAAGCGCACAAAUCAGCUCAUUUGUCAGUUUUCUUCUUACUUCGUUGCUUGUACAUGUUUUCUCGAUAUGCCUCUAUUUUUUCUUUUGGCUCUUUGAUUAUGAUUAUAGCCUUCUUUUAUGAAGUUAAAAUCUUGCAAAAUAAGUAACUUCUAGCUUCAUUAUCAACCCUUUUUAUGUUGUCCUCUUACAGUCAGUAGAUCCACAAGUGAAACUGUAAAUAACAAGAUAAUAAGAAUUGAGAGGGAUUAAUUUGUCACACUUUUUGUUGGUUUUAUCCAGUUUUGAUUUCAUUUUGUUCUUUGCUUGUGUGACUGACUUGUGAGGCUAAGGAGCAAAAAGGGUCUCCAAAGGUUCAAACUCGACAUAGGCUGCGCUCAAAAAAGGUCAUGAAAGAGUUUCAUCCGGCAACAACUUACUUUUGUUAUCAACCACAGCUGCUAAAUUUGUUAUCAAUUACAACUACCAAAAUUGAAAUUUCAUGCCACUGUAACAUAUCUCAUACAUAUGUUGGUUCACCUAUAAUUCACUAUUUCUGUCUUUUUAGUUUAAUCAUGUUUUCUUUAUUUUCAUCUCAUUAGUGUAACGCAAAAUGCCCGUGCCUUGCACGGGCACGGGCUAUCUAGUAUUUAUAGAAAUGGGAGUUGGGUGGACGAAGGGGUACUAUGGAGGUUUACACAUUUAUUUAAGGAUAAAUUGAUAAUUUUAUAUUGCUCCUCAAACCUUUUCAUGGACGCGUGCACUUUAUGCUAGCAAACACGUGUACUUGGUUAGACCCACAGAUUCAUGGGCCUUUUAAUUAUAGGUGACAAAUGGGUUUUAAAAUUGAGUUGGGAUAACUCUAGUUUUUUUAAUUGAGUAAAAAUGAUAAACUUUGGAUUAGUGAUUAGAGAGUUUUGACUCACCCCAAAGUUAUAUUUUUAACACUUUGACCCCAAGCUUUAUUUUUUACACUUUGCCCUCAAGUUUUAUUUUUAACACUUUGACCCAACCCAUAUAAACCCUACAGAGCCAAAAAAAAAUGCGCUAAAUUUUCUGUUUGUCUGCGCCGUUUUCACCAUUUUUGGCUCUUCUUUUUUGCUUCGUUUCUUCUUCUUCUUGCUGCUUCUUCUUCUUAUUCUGCUGCUCGUUUCUUCUUCUUGAUUGGAUUUUGCUCAAGAAAGAAAAAAACAAGACCACCUGAUUUUGCAAUUUUUUGAUUGGAUUUCAUUCGUGUAGCACUGGGAAUUACUUCAUAACGCAUUCCAUUGUUCUGCUUUCUUCUUCUUCUUCUUCUUCUUCUUCUUCUUCUUCUUCGUCCGCCAUUGUUGCUCAAGAAAGAAAAAACUGUGACCACUCGAUUUUGUAAUUUUUUGACUGGAUUUUGUUGGUGUAGCACUGGCAAUUACUUCAUAAGUGUUUUCCGCUCAUUUGGUAAGUACAACAAUGUUGUUUUAUUUCAAUUUUUCACCUGGGUAUAAAUCUACUGAUUUUCCAACAACUUACAGUAGCUGGUGUAGUUGUUGCAACAUAUAAUGUGGUUGUUGCAACUUCUACAACAGAUUAUGAAGUUGUUGUAAUUGUUAAAUAAAUAACCUGCAACAACUGAGUGAGUUGUUGCAAUAGGUAUUCCACUUGUUGCAACAACUCAACGAUCUAUUGGAGUCAGCUUCAGUUUUUGUUUGAAAUAGAACCCAAAAAACUGAAGCCGCUUCCAACAGAAUUUUGACUUGCUGCAACAAGUUGUAUAGUUGUUGCAACAGGUGUUCCACUUGUUGCAACAACUCAACUAUCUGUUGGAGUCAGCUUCAAUUUUGUCUGAAACGUAACCUAAAAAACUGAAGCUACUUCCAACAGAUUAUUGACUUGCUGCAACAAGUUGUAUAGUUGUUGCAACAUGUGUUCCACUUGUUGCAACAACUCAACUAUCUGUUGGAGUCAGCUUCAGUUUUUGUCUGAAAUAGAACCCAAAAAACUGAAGCUGCUUCCAACAGAUUAUUGACUUGCUGCAACAAGUUGUAUAGUUGUUGCAACAGGUGUUCCACUUGUUGCAACAACACAACUAUCUGUUUGAGUCAGCUUUAGUUUUUGUCUGAAACAGAACCCAAAAAACUGAAGCUGCUUCCAACAGAUUAUUGACUUGCUGCAACAAGUUGUAUAGUUGUUGCAACAGGUGUUCCACUUGUUGCAACAACUCAACUAUCUGUUGGAGUCAGCUUCCGUUUUUGUCUGAAACAGAACCCAAAAAACUAAAGCUGACUCCGACAGAUUAGUGACUUGUUGCAACAAUUUUAUUACUUGUUGCAACAAGUAGUCCACUUGUUCCAACAAGUCAAUAAUCUGUUGGAACAACUGCUGCAGCCUUUUCAUUUUGUUAUAGAUUUGUAUGUACUCUCAUGACCAAUUUUUUGUUAAACAAAAUAUCUUCAGGUACCUCGAACACCACUAAUGGGGGACUCAAUAACAAUAGAGGUUGAUUGCCAUGGUGAAUGGAUCGAGAAGAACAGUCGAUAUAUUUGGCGAUGAAAGGGUAGUGACACAUUAGAGACGAUAGCGAUGAUUGUCCAAAGAGAUGUUAUGUUCGAUGAUUUUGUGAACCUAAUCAUCACCUACUGCGAAUUAACUUGUGAACCAAAAGAUCUUGCCAUCACUUAUAUGCACAGCUUUUUUGAAAAUCAGAGGGUCUUUCCAUUUAAGAUAAAUGAUCAGGUUCGUUUGUGUGCUUAUUUGAAUGAUGUAGCUAGGCCCAUUUUAAGGAUAUACGUUGUUAGAAGCCCGGUAGAGAACCACAAUUUAUCUCAAGACCAACAAGAUGUGUUAAAUGAUGAAUUAGAUGGGGUGGAUGUGGAUAUCCCAGAUAAUGGAAAUGGGGCUGACCCGAUUCCUAUACCCGAAGUUGCGAGCAAUACAUUGGGCACUACACAAUCAAUACAAUCUAGCCAUGUUCAAGAUGAUGAAACAGGUUUUUAUAAAUGAAUGUCAUUCAAGAACAAGGAAGAACUAGUCACUUGGUUGAAACUUGCUUGCUUGAAGAAAGAUUUUAGAAUCAAGAAGGUGAUUAAUUCGCGUACUGUGUAUUGCUUCAGAUGUGUACAUCCGGAGUGCAAGUGGUGGCUUAGGGUUGUGAAGCUUUUAAGUUCUGACAGAUUUUGUAUCAGAACUUACAUAAAGCAUCACACAUGUGGUUCUGAGUACAUUACGAGCCAUAAUCCACACGCUACUGCGAAAGUCAUUGGUGAAUACUUCAAAGAUAAGUUUCCUUACGGUAAAGGCCCAUCUACAAAAGAUAUGAGUCAAUCAAUCCGUACAGAUUUGGGUUGUAAGGUAAGUUAUUGGAAGGUCUGGAAGGGCAUGGAGAUUGCAAAGGCUUUGACAAGGGGGACACAUGAGCACGGGUAUGCGGUGCUUGAUACGUACCGUUAUAUGCUUCGUUCUGCAAAUCCAGGAAGUAAGACAGCAUUGAAGGUUGAUGAAAAUGGGAAGUUCAAGUACUUUUUUGUAGCCUAUAAGGCUUGGAUGCUUGGUUUUGCGCAAAUGAAAAAAGUCAGAGCUGUCGAUGGGACAUUCUUGAGGAGCAAGUAUGAAGGAGUGUUGUUGUCAGCAGUUGCACAAGAUGCGGAGAGUCAUAUUUUUCCAGUGGCAUUUUGUGUAGUGGACAAGGAGUGUGAUGCUUCGUACAAAUAUUUUUUUGAACAAAUGAGAAGCUAUAUAGAGGAUACCCCUAAGUUGUGCAUAAUUUCUGAUAGACAUCCAAGUAUCAAAAAGACGGUUUCAAUUGUCUUCCCUAUAUGUCAUUAUGGUUUUUGCAUGAGGCACCUAGGGGAAAAUCUGAGAACCACCUUUCACAAUGGGGCGGUCGUAUCUCAAUUUUAUAAAGCAGCAAAAGCGUACAAUAUUGAUGUCUUCAAUGACCAUUUCAAUCAAAUUAGAGAUUUGGUUCCUGGGGCCGCCGAACAUCUUAAACGUGCUGGAUUCCACAGAUGGAGCAGGGCAUUCUACCCCGGAAAUAGGUAUGAUUUUAUGACGACAAACGCUGCUGAGUCGGUGAACUCAAUGUUCAAUGUUGAAAGAAAAUUUCCCAUUACUGCUCUAUUUGAUUCCAUAAACAGGAGGUUUACUGAAAAAUUUCAUGAGAGGCGUAUGGAGUUCAUCGACUCACCAACCAUCUUUGUUCCCUUAAUGGAAAAAAAAAAUCAAAAUUUGUCAACUUGGGUAAUAAGUUAUUGGCCCAUCAAAUUGCCAACUACAAGUUCAGCGUCAUCGGUCACGGUUCAGUUGCAACAGUCGAUCUGCAAAGAAGAUCUUGUACUUGUAGAGUUUUUGACCUGGACAAAAUACCUUGCUCACAUGCUAUGGCAGCGCUUCGAGUCCAAUACGGUGAAGACUUUGGAAGACAGAUUUAUGACUACUCAUCUCCAUAUUACAGGGUGGAGAAUUACAUAAUUGCAUACUGUGAGGAAAUGAAUCCUGAAUCUUGGGAAGUUCCUAUGGAGAUUUUAGAGAGAGAAAUACCUCCUCCACAUGUUGAUCUGAGCAAACUGGGAAGAAGACAAACAAAGAGGAGGCGUGGAAUCGGGGAAUCACUUGCAACGAGGAAAAACAAAUGCUCCAUAUGCAAAACAGCUGGCCAUAAAAAAACUACAUGCCCAAACCGAAUUGUUCCCUAGUUGUUAAAUUUGCAAUGUCUUGUAAUAAUAAUUACUAUUGUUUGUGUUUGUGAAAUUGGACUUUAUGACAUUUUUAUGUUGUUUCUGUUAGUAAAAUUGGUUUAAAUGAUAUGUUG